GAAACCCAGAAUCUACAGAGUACCUUCCUACUUAUCCUUGCAGAGCGCACCUGCAGUUGGAGGAUUAACAAAAGCAAAUAAAAAAUGCCAGUAGUAGUGUGCCUCUAUUCUACGUGUCAGAUUCCAACAUCUUUUUUAAAAUUAUUUUCUUCUUUUUGAUACCAACUGCAUCGUUGCUGAGCCACUAUCCAAUUUUGUAUCAUAUCCCAUCGUACCGCUUUCAGUCACAUCGGUACCUAAAAUUUUGGACCAUCACAUUCAAAAAUCCCUCCAUUCUUAGAAACCAACACGGAAACGCCUCCCCCUGAUCGCAUCCAGUUAGUCAGAAAGGCGUAUUUAUGAAUGGCUCGAAGACGCAGAGCCGAUUCUGCUAGCAGCCAGCAGCAAGCAUCUAUGCCGGCUCAACGACGUCGUUCCACCCUUCGAGAUUUGCAAGCUUCGAAUGCCGAUGGAGAUGCCGUAGCCCCAAAGGUUAUUAAUGCUGCACCGUCAUUGGAAAAGGCCGAAAUGUAUGGAAUCAAUGAUAAGAGAUCCACGUCCUCAAAGUUGCUUGCGAUGGCGGGGCGCAUGUUUAUUGAAACAAUUCCGCAAUGGUUGGCAGUGGGUGCUAUGCUUGGGCUGAUUUUUGGAGGUUGUUGCUCAAAUGUUUUCGCGUUGGAAGCCAUUGUCAAAGUCGAGAAAGACAGCGGAACUCUUAUGACAUUUGUUCAAUUCAUCUUUGUAGCUGUGACCAGCUACAUCUCCCAAUUCGAUCGAAGUCGACCCCCGCUCUUCCUCACACCAAACCGUGUCCCAAUACGUCGAUGGAUCAUAAAUAUUGUUUUAUUCUUUACAAUUAAUGUCAUGAACAAUCAUGCUUUCGGCUAUAAUAUAUCAGUACCUAUGCACAUUAUCUUACGAUCUGGCGGUAGUAUUACAACCUUGGCUGCGGGAUAUCUAUGGGGAAAACGAUUCUCUAGGAUACAAAUUAUAGCUGUCAUUCUCUUGACAAUUGGAGUGGUCACAGCAGCUAUGUUCGAUGCGCAGUCUAAGGACGGAAAAGUAGACGAAGACAUACCCUCUUUCAAUACAGGACUCGUCAUCCUCUUUGUUGCUCAAGUGCUCUCCGCAAUAAUGGGUCUUUACACGGAAGAAACCUACAAAGAAUACGGGCCCCACUGGAAAGAAAACCUCUUCUACUCACACAUUCUCGCACUCCCGCUUUUCGCCCCUUUCUUCCCCUCCAUGUAUCGCCAAUUUCUCAGACUUGCCUCCUCGGCACCACUCAGCCUUCCCCUCCUCGAUGUCCAGUCGCUCCCCUCCGACGUCGUCUCCAAAUUCUCACAAAUCUAUCUACCAAGCCAACUCGUCUUUCUUGCUAUGAACGUGCUCACACAAUAUGCAUGCAUACGCGGAGUCAACUUACUUGCCGCUGCAUCUUCUGCACUCACGGUAACGAUUGUGUUGAACGUGAGGAAAUUGGCUAGUCUAUUAUUAAGUAUUUGGUUGUUUGGAAAUAGACUUAGUCCUGGUACUUUGGUGGGUGCGUUCUUGGUAUUCUUUGCAGGUGGAUUAUAUGGUUUAGAUGGAGGAAGAAAGAAGGGUCCGGGUAGACUUAGAAGUAGUACUAGUAACGGAAAGGUGGGCUAGUCAAAAAAAACUAUCUAUUAUAUAAAAAACUGUUGGUCAAGGAUUGAGGGAAAAUACGUUGUGAAGUCUGAUA